CACUCCCGCAGUCUUCACACGUGCGGCGUGAGGCUGCCGCCGUGGCGCGCAAGCGCAUAGCGCACCACGAAAUCGAUCUGCCGAUGCGGCUCCUCCUCCUCGCCCUGCCUCACGCUCUCGCCCUGCGCAUCGCCGUCACGGGAGCGGCAGGCUACCUCGGCGCUGAGGUCUCCCACCUUGCGUCGGCGCAGGGCCACCACGUCCGCGCUGUCGUCAAGGACGGGCAGCGCACGGCGCACCUUUCCGGGUGCAGCGAGGUGCGCACCGUCGACGAUCUUUGCGAUCUUGUCGAGGCGCGAGGCGUGGCGGAGGGGAUGGACGCAGUUAUCCACACCGCGUCCGUCUUUCGCAAGUGCGCUGACAUGGAGGCGGAGCUCGUGCGUCCCAAUCUUCUCCUCGCCGAGCAGAUGGUUUGCGCGUGCGCCGCCUACGGCGCUAGGCUGGUGUUCUCCUCCUCGAUGGCAGCUGUGCGCGGCGCGGGUCAGACGCCCCUCCGCGAGAGCUACUCGGCCGCCGACUGGAACACGGUGAGCCGUCGGGACGGGCCUGGUUUCGAGCCGUACCAGUUCUCAAAGGCCGAGUCGGAGCGGCGCGCUUGGGAGCUCACUCGGCGCCUCGGCGGUGAGAUGGUGAGCCUCUGCCCGUCGAUGAUCUUCGGUCCGCCUCGCGGCGGCUGCAGAGGCUUCUCGGUGGACAUGGUGCAGGCGUGGCUGGACGGCGAGUCGCCAGUCCAGAGCCGGCUCGCGGUCGACGUGCGGGACUGCGCACAGGCGCACGUCAACGCCGCCACCCUCCCCGCCGCCGCCGGCCAGCGGUACAUCACCAGCUGCGAGGCGCGGGUGCCGGCGGCAGAGUGCCGCGACGCGCUGCGCUCCUCGCUGCUCGGGAUGGGCCUAGCAGACGCGGCGGCGCGCCUCAGCGCGGACGAGGCCUUCGACGGCGGCGCGGUCCCGAUCGGCGAGCGGGAGGUCCUCGCGGCGGCGGACAUGGCGGAGCUGGGCGUCGCCUGCCGCCCCGCGACGGAGACGCUGAGCGACAUGGUUGCGGCGCUGGUGCCGGCCGGAGAUUCGGUCGAUUCGCGCGACGCGCACGGCGAGACGGCUCUGAUCCGGGCCGCAGAGGCGGCAGACCGGGACGAGGUGCGCCGGCUCCUCGCUGCCGGCGCUGACGCAAGGGCCGAGAGCUUGUCGGGGUGGACGGCACUGCACGGCGCUGCCGAGAGCGGAAGCGUCGCGGUGGUGUCGCUCCUCGCCGAGGCGGGUUGCGACGUGUCGGCGGUGGCGGGCUCGGGCAAGACCCCGCUUGACAUCGCGCGGCAGUACGAUCGAGCCGCCGCGGCGAGCGCGCUGCUGGAGCUCCGCGCGAGGGCAAACGUCUCGGGUGCUUGAAAAAACAGAGUCUGGAGAGGACGGCGCGCGCACCUUCUGCAUCAUCUACUGCCAUGUCGUCUCUCUGUACGUGUAAGUAAGACGAAGAGGAACUCUACACGC